GCCCUGCUGCAUCAGAUGAAACGAGCAAACAAAAACCCCUCUGCACCCUCGAUUCGCACUUCGGAGAGCUCAUCUUAAUGGUCCCAGCAGCAAGCUUCAGCCCGAGAGCAGCUCCUCACCAAAGGCCACAGAGCAAAAUCACUUUUACAAGAUGAAACGUAAAGAAGUUCGAGAGGCUCCAGACCGAACGGGGCAGGAGCUCAGGUUAAGUACCGCCAUUUCGCGGGGCGGACACCCGCCACCCGAUGUCCUCGCUACCCUGGGGCGGCCGAGAGGGUGGGGAAAGCGUACACCUUAGGGUCGGGCGGCGCGGGUGCGGGGCGCCGGACCACGCUGAGGUGAGGCCGGGCAGAGAGGGCGGCGCCGGGGGCCGGCUGCAGCGCGGCGGUGGCGGCCGGGAUAUUCCUGAAUGAACGGCUCCCUCCCCUCUUCGCCUCGCCUCGCCUCGCCCCGCACCCCCGCCCGCCACUCGCCGCCGCCGCUCCGAGGCGCAGCCAGUUUCUAUAGCGACGGCGCCGAUCCUCCGAGUAGUAACAAAGCCGGCUGCCCGCGGCCGCGCCGGGCCGACGGGGGAAAGCGGCUCCCUCUCCCCAGGGCACCGGCCGGUUGCGCCCAGGAGUCAGUGUGCCCAAGGGUUGCGUGUGAGGUGAGCUCGUCGCUUUCAGAUCCAGAUCCAGACUUGAGAAGUGUCACAACAGUUGUUUUGCUUGAAAAAGUUAUAACCUUCUGAAUGACCUCUGUUUUUCAUGCAAUCCUGGAAAGCUAACUCUCAAGUUUAUUAAAUGUGUGAAAAUGGAGACCUCGUAUUAGUUCAGCAUGGUGGAAAACAACAUUUCAAGACCUUACCCAUGGCUAUCUGAAAUUGAGUGCACGUAGCAGAAAAUAAAAGGUCAGCUGUGUGUUCUAAAGACCUGGGGACCUAUAUUCCCUCAGCUGCAUGGCAGAGAAUGAGAGAAACACCAGGACUCAAUACAACCCUGCCUCAAAAGCUAAAGGAAUAGGCAAAAUGUUUAAGGUUACACAGCUAGGUGACGUUCCAGUCCUGAAAUUGUUUCAUGUAGAACAACUGCAAACUCCACUUGAUUAAGUUUAUAAGUGGGAGAAAAAAAAAGAGUUGUAGCUGAGGCAGGGCCAGGAAGGCACAAGGCCGUAGAUAAUAUAUCCUGCAGCAUAGCCUGACAUGGAUAAGGGCUUAUAAUGGGCUGAGCAAUUCAAGCACUUAGAUCACUGUCUCUCACACUCUGUUAUUUCACACCUUCCUGAUGCCCCUACAUCCAAAGCAGGCUUACGGGAAGCCUAUUAUCAAACUGUCAUGAAAACACCCUCUGAAGGUAUGUGCUCUCUACAGUGAUACAAGGCAACUGCAGGAGUCAGUGCUUACGACUACUUCUCCUGCCUCCAGCAGUCUCAGUUUAACGUAUUUUUGUCUAUAUGCUAGGUUUGAUGACUCUGUGCUAAAUGAUUUGCUGGAGAUGUCUGUGUGCUUGCUGCAGCCAGCAGCUAUUUCAGGUAUACAGAGACACCACCUGCUACCUCGAAGCUGCGGUUUCAGUCUGUUAGCAAGGUUGCUAAGGAGUUCCAGACAUCCUCAGAGAGCAAAGCUCAGGAAAUUCUCCUGUGGCCUUUGCAAGCACUGUAUGCUGAAACGCUUAUAUCCAAUAUAAACUACUGUUCUGACAGUAAUGUAAUACAGGCAGAUGUGUACCUUGGGAUAGUUGUGACUUUCCAAUAGAAAGAAAACACUUGCAAGUUUGAUAGUGCUGUAGUAAGCUGCAAAGAGCUCAGGCCUCCUGGAAAUGUACCUGAGGUUUCAAAUUCAUUUGCAAAGACGUGUAAAGAAGUUCAAGCUUUUUUUUGUGAUCAAAGAUGUGUCUUUUAACCUACUGCAGCUCUGCAAUUUUGUACACCCCAGUUUUCUGUGGUUUCACUCAGCUUGAUUUUCUUGCAAAUAUGAUACAGCACAGCAGUCUGUGCACAAUAAAUGCUGUAAUUAAGCAUAACUUUCCUUUUCCUGUUUUAUCUUUUUUUCUCUACAGACAGAUGAAUCCAAUUUUUCAGGUUGGGUGGGGCUUAAAGCUAAAUUCAUUGGCAGUGUGUGGAUAGAUGUUCAUGUGAAUGUUUAACUUUGGUAAAUUACCAAAGGGAAGGAAAUCUUUAUUAACUUACUGGUCAAGACUCACGUCAGUGCUCAGUGAAAGACAAGGUAGGGUUUGAUGUGCAGCCAGUGAUGAGGACGUAGCUGUGGACUCAAGGAAUAUAGUGGGGGAAAGUUCUCUGGAACUGCUCUGAGUCAGGCUGAGAUGGACCUGGAUCUAGGACAUGCUAGUGGAGCUCUGGCCGGGAAAAUCCAUGGGUAUGUGGAUGUGUGCCAGCUCCUCCCAGUACGCAGCCAAGUUAGGGGCUGAAGGCUUAUGGCUUCUAUCUGAUUUGUUUAUGCCACUUUUUGUAAGGCUUCAAGGAACAUCUGUAGCAAAAGGUUGGUCAGGAAACCCCGAAUGUUCUGUGUUAGCAUGAGGGCAGUGGUGCUCCAGGCAGGGGAACUCAUCUUGGCAGGCAAUUCACAGCAAAGACAAAAAUCCCAUUGCAGGUGAUAAAUGCAUAGCCAAUCUGUAAAUCACAGUAGCAGAUGUGCUCCUGUGAACAGAAAGGAAACAUUCCAUCCUUGGUGACUCACAAGCAGUGACCUGAUCAGAGUCUGCUUGAAGAAGCGUCUGACCUUGGAGAUUCUGUUGUGUAGAACAGUUGCAAGUAGAAGUACAGAUAGAUGCUGCAGCAACUACACUGCAGGUAGUGAUAAAGGAAGGGUUUACCAGGAACCUGCAGAAGCCAUUUGGUUUCUGACACGUGACGGCAGAUCUGGAGUAUGUGCACAGGGUUGUUCUGUAGCGGAAAUAAACCCACUCAAACCUAGAGCUGAUCCUGGCCUUUCACCCUUACAGCAAUUCCUAACGUAACUCUGAAAACAGCAUGAAGAGGCUUGUCAGUGCUUCUACCACUGUUGAAAAUACUUAGCUUAGUUAAUUAGAAGGUUAUGAGCAACUUAAGAAAUUUUGGGUAGUGUUUGAAUCACCCUUUGUCCAGGUGAAGUGUUGUAUAACACAUGUGUUGUGAGGGCUUUUAUCUUCCUGUAUCUUUUUCGGUUCAUUGAAUUACAUUCAUAUGCUGUUAAAGUGACAGCCAAAUGCCGAAAGAAGCAGUGCUGUGUUUGGUGCUAGGUUUAAAUGGCAUACAAUGAGUCAUGGGGCCACAGAUUAAACCAGGAAUAAAAACAUUCACCAAAUAACUACCAGCUUUCCGGCACACUCAGUGAGGCUUCUUGUAGAAGAAAAUACUUUGUGAUUGUAUGACUAAAACUGUAUUGUAUUGCACACACUCAAUGGAAAGCUGAUGUUUUCUAACUCACUAGGACUUGGUUUUGCUUUCAGUACAUUAUAGCCAUUUUACCGUGUCCUCUAAAUCAAAGAAUGCUUUUGUACCUGAUGCUGUAUUCCUGUCAUCAAGUUGCUGUCUUUUGCUCAUGAGCUAAUCAGAUUGAGCUUUUUAACGCCUUCAGUGGAAGGAGUUCUUUUCAGCUCCUGAAUAAUUUUGAGUGAUCUCACUGUCUGUCCAAAUCAUUCAGUAUCCUUUUAAGUACGUGAACGUCAGAACUGUGCAAAAUACCGAAGUGUGACCCUCACAAAAGUAUGAGUGGUGCUGUAUCUAGAGGAAAAUAGCAUAUUUUUUUUUCCGCUCCCCACCCAUCCCACAUUGCUAAGUCCAUGUUGCUAAGCUUCCGUAUCCAGUCAUUUGUCCUCUCUGAUUUCUGCAUACUUUCAGAUUAUUUGCUUUCCAGUAGACAGUCCCCCUCUCUCAAGGACUGGUUUGCUAAUUCCAGGUUUUGUAUCUGGUUGUACUCAGGUGCAGCGUUGAGCAAAGUUAUUAUAAAGUUAGAUGGAAACUCUCUGCAUUUUUCAAUAUUCUGAUGUAACUCUCCUUCCAGUUCCUUUCAUGGCAUACCUGAAGUUGUCCCAUCCUUCCUGUAGGUGUCUAAGUCCUUAACAUUUGUGCUGUUAACAGUGACACCUUGAACAGUACUUUUAAGUAAAUGGAAAGGAAGUAUGUUCUUACUAGUCAGAUCUAUCUGAAAAGAGAGAGCAUCUUCCAACUGUGCAGCUUGUGUUCUUCAUUGGCCAUCAGACAGUAUUUCACACUUGAGAAGAUAAGCAUAGGUGCCUGCUCACUUAAAGAUAAGCUAACGAUGAAAAAUUUAAUUUCUGGCCAUCCUCUGCCUUUUAAAAAUAAGGAACUAACAUCUAUCCAGUAAGACAAAAACUGCCCCCAUUAUGCCAUGGAUUUCUCUUAGCCCGAAAUAUUAACACCUUCAUCAUGAGCUACCAUUGUCUCCCAAAGGACAGAGAGAACGGGGAACAUACCAGCAAUGAAUCAUCUGUUUUCAUUAUCAGUCAUUCAGUCAACAUGGUGAUGGAUGGAUAAACAGAUAGAGGCCAGAUUUGUGAGCCAGCUCGGCAGCUGGCAGGUAUGUCCCAGGAAGCUCACCAAAAUGUGUUCUCAAGAAUCGCGUCUCUAUCUUAUAUGCUCUAUUUUGCCAGUACAUUUGUAUCCUAGAAUACAGAGCAUAUUCUUCAGACAAUAAGAUCAUACUUAAGCAUACGUAAUUCCAUACUUUCAGUGAAACUUAAGCACAUGUGUAUUUGUACUGAAGAAGAAUGCUUUCCUAAGUGGGGAGAUUGGGAAGCAGCUCUUACAAGACUUAGAAUGAAUGAAACAGAGUGGAAAAUGAAAGGCAUACAGGUGAUGUAAAAGCAAAACAGUGAUAUUGGUUAUUGAUGGAUCCCACAAAAUUCCCAGAUGAACAAGGUUUCCAUUGAAUCUUUUGUCAUCUGUCUUUUAAAAAUAAAUGAAACUCUUGCAUGACUGCUUUGCAUGUUUCUGCCGCCCUGACAGGCAAGUUAAAGCAUUUCAGGAAGGCAAAAGUAUUCAUAAAAAGAAUCGUCAGUAGAACAAGUCUGGUAAUUUGUUUCUCAGCUUUAAUAAUGUUAAUAUGAUUAUGCUUGACUCACUGUGUGUGUACGAAGUUCUGUAGGGCUCUUGAGAGGGCAGCGUAACCUUUCUGUAGUUCUAGUCUGAACAUGUGCAUACCUUUAUACAUGCUACCCUCUCGAGAGCUAUGGUAUUUUAAAUUGUGCAAGUACACAUACAUUUAUGUUUGCCAGAUAGGGCAGUGGUGUCAGUUGAGAUCACAGACAGACUUGUUGAAAUUGCAUAUGUGCAGUGCUGUAAAUUUCUGUACAAACGGCUCAUCCCUGUCACCUAUUGUUUGCCUGUUGCUUAAGGCAGAGAAACAAUCUUAUGCCACAUGAUCGGUGAUGGGCAGCUUUGGACAUGGUGCUGUGCCGAGGUUUGAAACAGAAGCAUCUACCGGCUUACAUAACGUAGUGCCUUGUAACAGGCAGUAAUCCAAACCUGCUGUGUAUUUCCCACCUCCUCCUUUACUGCUUUGCUCUAUGUGUCCUUCAGUGGUAGUUCUGUGUCUUUAAGCUUAUUUUUAUCACACCUCCUUUCAUUUAUGGUUAACCAAAUGUUAACCAAAACACUGUCAAAAAGCAAAACACAAAAUACUGCUAUGACAAACAGUAACUCCCCGGAAACAAGAAACAAUAGAGUGAUCAUUCUGUGACUUCCUGCACUGUUAAGGAAGGUGAACAUCUCCCAGUUACUUGUGCCCCAGAGCUCUUUUGAUUGCAUUUGAACAGUUUGCCCCUGGGGCUCUGGAGGAUUAGGGCUGGGGGGAAGGCUUCAAUGAACCUUUCUUUGAUGUUUCUAUAUGCAUAAAAUUAAAAAUUGAAUGUGUGCGUGCAGCCCUUGCUGUGCAGAAUUUAGCCUAAACAGACAGAAGUAUACCAGAUAUGCCAAAAAUUCCAGAGAAAAACAUUACCAUUAUUUGGCAUCGCCUUUCGGUUGAAAAUGAUUUGAAUGGUUUUCUCUAUUUUGUGCGGUUUUCUUUGUUCUUUAUGGUGUUUUUGUUUUGUUUGCUUGCUUGCUUGUGGUUGUUUGUUUGUCUUGUAGGAACAGUGGAAGAAAUGGGUCUAUGAGGAAAAAAAUAUGGAUGAGGAAAGGGAUUGCUGGACUGGCACAUGAGUGAGAAUGAAUUGCACUCCUGGCAAUAUGCCUCUUAAAAUGUCUGGCUUUGGACUACCAGUGCACGCUGCAAUCUUUGUAACAAAUUUUGUAGAAAAUACACUGAAGGAGCGUGGAGCUCUCACAUAACAGAAACAAAGAACAAAUAGGAGCUCAGAAGUUCUUAUGGAAUAAUCAUUUGACUCUGGGGAAGAGACCAGAAGUGGAUUUUGCUCAAUUUCACUGAGCUCUGUCAAGAAGCCAAGCUGAAAGAAAAAGCUACUGGGACUCUGCAGCGUCAGCCAGAUUAGAUUUUGAUUGCCAGCUUUUCAAAAAGGCUAUGCUGGUGGAAGACCAAGCCUGGAGAAGUUAUUAAGUGGAAAUCUCCACUGGUUGUUUCCUGUGUGGAGGAGAAUAGGCAUUUCCUGUGCUCCCUACAAGUGAAUCUUUGCAAUAACUUCUUUUGCUUGGAAAAAAUUCCACAUUAUCUGUUUCACCUGGCUCAGAGGAGAUGCGGUACAGAAUCCCUAGCAGAAGCUCGAAAUGGAUGACUUCUACUGAUGCUGUUUGACAAUUUCAUCUCCCCUUUUCCUGUUUGAGAUGGCUGAUACGAUCAUCAGGAAAAAUUUCUAAAAUAAGCUUGAGUGAAGUCUCUUUCUCUUAACUCCUCUGUUCACAAGUCUACAAACCACCAGACAAAAUGAGCAGUCAACUACAAGAGGAGUCUGCAGAGACCCAGAGCUCAGAUGAGCUUGAGUGCAAGAUCUGUUACAAUCGCUACAACCUGCGACAGAGAAAACCAAAAGUGCUAGAGUGUUGUCACCGAGUAUGUGCCAAAUGCCUUUGCAAGAUCAUAGACUUUGGCGAUUCUCCUCAAGGAGUCAUAGUUUGCCCGUUUUGCAGGUUCGAAACAUGCCUGCCGGAUGAUGAGGUCAGUAGUCUUCCUGAUGACAACAACAUCCUUCUGAAUUUAGCUUGUGGGGGAAAGGGGAAGAAGUGCCUACCAGACAACCCAACGGAACUGCUGCUGACUCCCAAAAGGCUGGCGUCUCUGGUUAGCCCUUCUCACACCUCUUCGAAUUGCCUGGUUAUAACAAUCAUGGAAGUACAAAGAGAAAGUCCCCAGACUCUGAACUCGACGCCUGUGGUGGAAUUUUACAGGCCUACAAGUUUUGACUCUGUUGCAACUGUGUCCCACAACUGGACAGUGUGGAACUGCACAUCUUUGCUCUUCCAGACCUCAAUUCGGGUGCUAGUUUGGUUGCUAGGGUUGCUGUACUUCAGUUCCUUGCCUUUAGGGAUUUACUUACUGGUAUCUAAGAAAGUCACCCUUGGGGUUGUCUUUGUAAGCCUUGUUCCUUCGAGCCUUGUUAUUCUCAUGGUUUAUGGCUUUUGCCAGUGUGUUUGCCAUGAAUUUCUAGACUGCAUGUCUUGACAACAAAUGCAGUGAAAUAAGGUACAUUGCCACAUGUGUAGCAUAGUUGAUUUAGCCUGUCUUUGUAUUCUUAUUUAUUUUUAUUGUUGUCCAUCCCACUGAGUGAAAGCAGUGACCUAUGUUAUAUGGUUCUUUUUAAAAUUUGAUUAUUUAUUGUUUUCUUUUUUCUUUUCUUUUUAGCUAAGUAAUGACGUAAAACUUCCACGUUCAUUUUAUAGGCCUGGGUUGUAGAAAGGGGUAAUGGAAAAUUGCCAAACUUGGUGUCUGCUGCUGUUAUUCAAAUAAGUAGCUCCUUGCUUUUUGCUGGCUCGAUCGUGCAAUUUGAGGCUGCAGGAUCUGGCCUAGGAGAAGUUAGUAUAACAGGCACCCUCCAGUUCAACGUGUAGCAUCUCUUAAUGCAGAGAAUCUCAUGCUCUGGGAUAUCUGUUAUUUCUGGUAGCAAAUAAAAUCACUUAGUUAAUAAGAAGAAUAAGACACGUUAACAUUUGCUCUUUCCAGUUCUUAUUACAGCAAAAAUAUUUGUGGGGUGCCCAGUGGUCACAGAUUCUUGGUGUUCUGCAGCAUGAGGAACCUUUUUUUCCUCAUGCUAACUACACAUCUCCAAAACACUUUCCCCACGCAGAAGCCCACUUUGAUUGUCCAAUAGCUUCAGCUUCAUCUCCUGGUAUGGAGUGUUUCUAGGGACCCAGCCAUGUUUGUUCUCAUCUAGGCGCACUAAAAUAAGUGCAUGUAGCUCUUGGGUUUCCUUCGAGAGUUCAGAGAUCUGCAAACUUCUCCGGCAGUGUUCCAUAAUGUUUACUCUCACUCCAAGCAUUUCCACCACCACACCACAUUUCCAGCCUUUUAGUUCUUGUAACAAAUGCACACCUUCAUUUAGGUAGCUACACUGGAAAAUUUCCCCUGUGUGACUUUAGCUGUAAUAAUAGGUUUUUUUGCCUGAUCAUUACAACGUGGACCUUCAGUGACUAACACACGUUUCAGAAAAAUUCUGAAAUGAUUAAUAUGUGGGGUUUUUCUGGUUUUCGAGGGUUUUUUGUGUCUUUUUUUUUUUUUUUUUUUUUGAGUCCACAGAAUAAGCACUGUGAUGAGUUACUAUUACUCUGGGAAGGAUUCUGUUUUGUGCAUACUCCUUCAAAACACUUAAUACCUUGAACUCCCUCUGUCACCAUUGUGAGUUGAUGGCACCCUAGCUGUGACAAUUAGUGCAACUUGACUGUGUUAAAUUCACAGGAAUUAGUGGUGAUUUACUAUGCCAUAAAUAGAAUCAGGCCCUACAAAGCUUGCUUGUAUGUUGUGUAGUUGAGGCUAAAUUUUCAACUACUGGAAGAGCACAAAAAUACGAAAUGUUUAAUAUUUGUGUGUAUAACUAAGUCUAGUCAACACCACAGCUGCAACCUGGUUUUCCUGAGCACAGCAGAGUAAAAAAUGAGAAGCAGCAGAUGAUCAGUGCAAGCACAGCUUUUGGAUCAGGCACAAAAUUUAGUAACCUGAAGACGCAGUGUAAGGGGAAGAUGGGCUGGUUGCCAGAAGGCUGAGUAGAUGGCCUAACAAUAUGUUCUUAGAGCAAAGUGACUUUGGUAAGAAUGAAAUAUGUUGAUGGGGAAAAGGAGAGCGUAAGUGAUUGUUGUGUUUAUCAAGAGGAUCUGAAGUCAAAUCGGUCCAAUUCUUGUAGCUGGUACAGACAAUACCUACGGUUUCAUUCCUAUGGAAAUCAUAGGAGAAAUGUGAAAUGUGAAGGUCCCGCUUUUCUUGACACUCAAGUUUAUAAUAGUGCAUAUAUAUGUGUGUGUAUGUAUAUAUAGACACAUAUGUAAGAAGAAAACCUAUAGCAAAAUUAUAGUUUUCAAGUGUGUGGAGUUGCAGAGCUAUGUAUUGAAUGAUUAAAGGAAAUGUUUCAAACUUUUCUGUAAUCACUGGAUAACAAUUAGAACUAAAACAUUUUCAGAAUUCCUAGAAAUGACUAUUCCUAAGUAACUGUUUUAAUGUUUGUGGUAAAGCAUAUAGAGUUAGAAGAGCUGUAUUCUCCAAUCCCCAUAUACUGCAAGGUUUGACUCCUCUAUGAAUUCAUAAAUUUUCAAUCUCCAACAAUAACCAUGUCAAAAAAAAAAAAAGCAAGAAAGAUAGAAAUCUAUGUGAUUUAAUGGUACUUCAUAACUUUGGGAGAAGAUGUAUUUGUAGUGUUAGGGAUUUAUGUGUUUUAGGGUAUGUUCAACUUGUCUGAAUAUAAUAUCUUUAAUAAAGGGCUGGCUAAUACAGGU